AAUCCAAACUGACACCAGCGCAAUUCACAUCACAGUUCACCAUACAACAUGAAAACCGUGUUAGUGUGUGUCAUCGCUCUUUUUGCGGUGUUUCUUGGUCUUGUGUUUUCCGAGUCGUGUAUCACCAGCCGUGACUGUGUCUCCAUACAAUGUGACAGCGUCACUACUGUCGAGUGUACCAACGGGACGUGUACAUGUGAACUCGUGGAUGGAUAUUGUGACACGAGAGAUGAUUGCUUGAAUAUGGAAAAUUGGUUCUGUCCAGCGGAGUACAGACACUGUAUUGAUCAGAGAUGUCGCUGUCGUCCAAUCUAAAGACAAUCAAUAAAUGUUUUAUAAAGAAAU